AUGUUUUCAGUGAUUUGUGCUGCCUACGAUUUUGAGAGUACAUAUGAGGAUUUUGGCGAAACGCAAUUUCAUUCGAUCGUCUCAAAAAUAUUUGAUAGCAGCGAAUAUGUUGGGCGGACAAUUUUGGUUAAAUUUCAAAUUCGUAUGAAAGGUGAUGACUUUGUGGAUGUUGAGCCGUGGUACACAUCAAGACUGAAUGUACCGCCAGCGUAUCUUGGUUCAAAUGAUUAUCGCCAAAAGAUGUUCGAAAAUGCUACGACAAAUUUGUGA